UCGCUUUUUAGCCUUUGACCGUGGUAGAUUCAAAGUUUUAUAAUUCGGCCAUUUUUAGUCCAAAUUGACUCAGAUUUUCAGGAUACACUCAAAACAAGUUACAGAUACAAGAUCGAGUCGAAAGAAUGGUUUGAAAGUUUGCUGAUCUGCUCAGGUUUUGGAGGCGGUUUCUGGAAAACCUUCCUUGUAACGGUGGUUUACAACCGAUUCUUUCGGCUCGAUCUUGUAUCUGUGACUUGUUUGAGUGUAACUUCACUCUCAUUUUCAUUCAUUAAUGCGGAAAUGAUGUUUUCGACCAAUAGGAAUCACCGUAGAGGUCGCUGAUGCUCAUUUUCUGAUUCCCCAUAGUCGACUACCUACUCCAUAUCAUUAUCAGCCAAUCAACUUUUGCUGUACUAGUUUGUCUGUCGCUAGUAUCUAGUCUGCGGACAUACAAACAAACAUACAAACAUACAACCAUACAAACAUACAUACAGGCAUUUUAACUCGAUAAGACCCUUUCCUUUACAGUCAAGGGAAUAAGGGAAAUAUGGACAAAAAGACGAGUUUCUCAUCUCUUUACGUUUGCAGCCAUGGUUGCUCCAAAAUGCCAAUAGUGUGAAUAGUCAAAGCAUUUUCUAAACGACGAAUACAUCGAAAAAACCUUGUCGUCGUCUAGCUUCCGAAAUGACACUUUCUUGAAUCUAGCUAUAAAGUGUCAUCCUGAUUUUCUUAAUGUACAUAAAAAGCUUUCUUUCAUGGUCUGUUAUAAAUAUGGACUAUAGACUGAAUUUCACAUGACCGUUCAGAAACAAACUGUUUCUUUUUAUGCAGUCAAGCAGUUAUCUUAAAUACUCUCUCUCUUUUAUUAAAAGUAAAGAUAUGAAGCGCUUAUUUUUUAUUUUGUUGCUUAUUUUGUCAUCUGUCCUCUUUUCAUGGCCUGGCUGUUUCCUCUCGCUCUUCUUUUUGUCAUAUUCCUGAGGAUACAGAGCUCGUUGACUACUGACAACUAGGCAUGUACCAAUACCAAUACCAAUACCAAUGUCAAUACUAUUGAGUAUUGAUAUUAAAAAAUUAAUAAUAGGACACGAUGAUCUUAUUUCUCGACUCUGUCAAAGUUUCAUUGAUGAAUUCACAUUGGAACAAUGGUUAGAUGAUCCAAAAUCUGAAGCAGACUUUACAGUGGAAGGACAUUUGAAAAAAGUGCAAGAAAUGGCUACGAACAAUGGGAGAACACCGGAAGAAUUACAACAGUGGAUUGUAGAAACAUUUUGGCCUGCUAGUUUUGCACCUCCAAGGCAACAAUCCCGCGUUUAUGCUAGUUCCAGAUAUUAUGGAUGUAUGUACUUAUGUCUUUUCCAGGCAGAUCCACAUUUUAUUUAG